AUGUUGUCGCUGUCACAACGGGCGUACCGGCGCCUCUAUAUCUUCGCAGCCCUCGUGCUGCUGCUACACUUCUACGCCGUCUACAACCACUACCACCCCGACAGCCCCGUCUACUCCAUCAACGGGCGCAUCCCCGCCGACUGCCCGUCGCUACCCGGGCUGUCCGACGUGGUGCUGGUGCUCAAAACCGGUGUGACAGAAGCAAACUCCAAACUGCCCAUCCACCGCAACACCACCCUGCGCUGUAUCCCCAACUACAUAGUCUGGUCCGACUACGACGAGGAAAUCGCCGACAUCCCCGUGCACGAUGUGCUGUACAACGAAUCCUCACACCUGCACCAACUCCCCGACUUCAACCUCUAUACGCGCGUCAAGUCCUACGGUCGCAAUGGGCUCACCCAAAUCGACCUAUCCGACGACCCAUCAACCCCGUUCGGGAAAUCCAACCCAGGCUGGAAACUGGACAAAUGGAAAUUCGUGCCCAUGAUCGAGCACACCUUCCGGCUGUUCAACAAACCCUCUCUGAAGUGGUACGUCUUCAUGGAGGCCGACACAUACAUCCUCUGGUCCUCGCUGCUUUCCUGGCUCGAGCGCCUCGACUACACGAAGCCCUACUACAUGGGCAACCAGAUGCAGAUCCGGGACGUGCUGUUCGCGCACGGCGGCAGCGGGUUCGUACUGAGCCGGCCUGCGAUUUCCAAAGCAGCGGAGCUGAUCGAGACGCAGCGCAGCCACUGGGACUCGGUUACCGAGUCCGAGUGGGCGGGCGAUUGUGUGCUGGGGAUGCUGCUGCGGGACGCAGGGGUGAAUCUGGAAUGGAGCUGGCCGAUACUCCAGAUUGCGCCGCCGAAGGAGAUUGAGGCCUUUGCGGGCAAGUAUGGGCGUACCCCGUGGUGUUAUCCUGCUGUGUCGUUUCAUCAUCUUAAGCCGGAUGAGAUCCGGGAUAUCACCAAGAUGGAGGGUGCUGUUGCGAGGCAGAGUAGUAAUGGUGCGAAAGAGCCGGUGCUUUGGAAAGAUGUCUUUAAUGAGAUGAACCGGCCGCGGAUGAUCGAGGGCAAUUUGGUCGACUGGGAUAAUGAGGGUGAGGAGGAGCGGACGGUUGUCAGGAGCGUCGAGGCUUGCAGGCAGCUCUGCGAGAAGGACCGCAAUUGCCUGCAGUUCACGAGGAGGCCCGAUGGGAUGUGUGUCUUUGGGAGAGACGCCCGACUGGGAGAGGCAAGGCAGGGCUACGGGUCUGGCUGGAUGCUGCAGAGGAUUGAUGCAAGGGCAAAGGCCCUGGGGACCUGUCCACAGCCCAAGUGGACUUAA